GCCGCCCGCCGCGACGUGGGCAUGAGCCUGGCCCGCCGCCCGCCGAGCAGGCGCCCCCGGCCCGGGCCGCGGCGCCCAGCAGGCACCGGGCGAAGGAGCUGCUAGAACAAUGCUGAAGCGGGCGAGGUGAGGAGCCGCCCGGUGAGGCAGCCCCGACGGAGUGUCUCGAACAGGUGAUCGGAGGAGCUGGAAACCGAGGCCACCUGGGCAUCCUUCCCCUCGCCCCAGCCAGGCCCGGGAGCCCCAAAGGUGGUGGGGAAACCAUGGCGACCAAUUUCAACGACAUCGUCAAGCAAGGCUAUGUGAAGAUGAAGAGCAGGAAGCUCGGGAUCUACCGGAGGUGCUGGCUGGUGUUCCGGAAAUCCUCCAGUAAGGGGCCCCAGCGGCUGGAGAAGUAUCCAGAUGAGAAGUCAGUGUGCCUCCGAGGCUGCCCCAAGGUGACCGAGAUCAGCAACGUCAAGUGUGUCACGCGGCUACCCAAGGAGACAAAGAGGCAGGCAGUGGCCAUCAUAUUCACUGACGACUCGGCACGCACCUUCACCUGCGACUCAGAGCUGGAGGCGGAGGAGUGGUACAAGACACUGUCUGUGGAGUGUCUGGGGCCACGGCUCAACGACAUCAGUCUAGGAGAGCCAGACCUCCUGGCCCCAGGGGUGCAAUGUGAGCAGACAGAUCGUUUCAACGUCUUCCUGUUGCCCUGCCCCAACCUGGACGUAUACGGCGAGUGCAAGCUGCAGAUCACCCACGAGAACAUCUACCUCUGGGACACACACAACCCCCGCGUGAAGCUCGUCUCGUGGCCCCUCUGCUCACUGCGCCGCUACGGGCGCGACGCCACUCGCUUCACCUUCGAGGCUGGCCGGAUGUGUGACGCUGGGGAAGGGCUCUACACCUUCCAGACACAGGAAGGGGAGCAGAUUUACCAGAGGGUCCACAGUGCCACCCUGGCCAUCGCUGAGCAGCACAAGCGGGUCCUGCUAGAAAUGGAGAAGAACGUGAGGCUCCUGAACAAGGGCACAGAACACUACUCAUAUCCCUGCACCCCCACGACCAUGCUGCCCCGCAGCGCCUACUGGCACCACAUCACGGGCUCCCAGAACAUCGUCGAGGCCUCCAGCUAUGCGGGUGAGGGGUAUGGGGCAGCCCAGGCCAGCUCAGAAACGGACCUCCUCAACAGAUUCAUCCUGCUAAAGCCAAAGGCCAGCCAAGGGGACAGCAGCGAGGCCAAGACCCCAUCCCAGUGACCGCAGGGCUGGCGUGCACGGGUGACUGCUGGGGCUGUCAGUUGUGGGGCUGACUGCAGCGCAGUGGGCAGCCUCAAGGGGCUGUUAGCCAAGAGCCUGGAGAAAGGGAGCAAGCUGUCCCUUCCUUGCCCCCAAGGGGGAGGCUGGACCAAGGCAAAGGGCUGGCCACGCCACCUGAGCAUGUGUGAGGGGCUGGAGCUACCAUGGGACUGUAUACUGUUCAUGAUUUUAAUAUAUAUGGCUUAUGACAUACUCUAUAUUAAUGAGAUUUCCCCGUCCCUCCCCGCCACCGCAUACACAUUUUCUAAUCCCGUGAGCAGGCCAGUCAAGGCUGUUUCUGGACGGAGGGCAGCCGUUUCCCUGUCCUCCCUGGUACAGCCCUCCUGCUGCCAAGACCUGCUUGAGCUGCCACGGCCAGAGGAGGGAGACCGCCGCUGACUGCUGGCUUUUCCCACGCAGCCCAGGGGCUGAGACAGCAGGUGGCUUCUCAUCUCCUCUGGGCCUACAGCAGCACAGGAAGGAUCCGAACUUACACUGUGCCACUGGGGUUUGAAGCAGAGGUGAUAGCUUGUUGACACCUCAGGUGAAAAUCUGGUCUUAAAAUGUAGUUUCUGCCCAGGCUCCUUCCUGCUUAGUGGGCUGAGAAGAUACCCGGGGGUGGGGUGGGGUGCUGGUAACCUCAGCCAGGUGGAGGGUGGCGGGGCCAGUCCUGAGCUCUCCUGCCCCAGGGCCAAGCUCGGGGGGAAGGCCACAGCAGGAGGACUGAUGUGGGGAGCACCCCUGCUGCCCCCUCACUGACCAGGGGUGGGCGUGCCCUAGCAGAGGGGGGCCCCUCUGCCCUGUGUCUGGCCAGCCUAAAGCACUCAGAAACCGAGCCCUUCCUGUUUCCUCCUCCCCACAUGGUGCUGAGGCUCCCUGCUGAGAUGCAAUUAAAGCAAUUGAUUUUCUAGCGCAGAAGGGCUAUCUUUCUAUUCACGUCAAACCUUCGGUUGCGUGUGUGUGGUUUUUUGUUUUUUUUUAAUACGUUAGGGUUCUGAUUUGUGGGAACAGACCUUGUUGUAAAUAACCACUAUUCAAGUUGUGGCAAGUUGAGAAUGAUAAAGCAAGAGGCCCCUUCCGACGGAGCCCUGGAGCCAGGGAGGUGGCCCCAGCCAGCUGAGCUCUGAACCUGACCCAGGGACGUCCACCCAGAGGAUAAGCCAGCCUGAGGGGGCCCGGCGGCCUCGCCUGUGGAGAGGGAGGCACAGCUGACUGGUGCAGCUAGGGGCACGAUGACGCAUGAAGGAGAUUAUGUUGUGCUCUUUAUUGCCAAAAAUAAAAACUUUUAAAAAGACUACUGUUGAUCGAUAAAUAUCCUUUCUUUUCUGCACUGGAUCUCUGGUUUUCUCCAGAUAUCUCCUGCCGGGCUGCCU